CACAAAGAAGGGAUUGAUUCUGGCAUCAGUACAGUUGUAGUUGACUAGAAUAUUCAGCUGCUUAGCUAUUUAAAAAUAAUAAUAAUUUAAAGUAUAAUACUUUAAGUAGCUUUUUUGUUUCCUAUUUUCUCAUCAUUAUGAAUCAUCCCUGUCUGUCUUAAUAUGCUGUUGACCUUGCCUAUUCGCAACACAUAACGAAUGCUAGCUCGGUGCUAAUUUAACAGGUUAUCCGUGUGUCGGACAUACUUCGGUCACUACUCGUCUUUUAUGCUCCUUCACCCCCCUUUUGUGGUUCAUUCGUGAUGGAAGACGAAGCCUUCACUGACAUUAGCGGUAAACCCAUAUCUCUAGACUGUCAGAGUCACUCCAGCUUUUGCAAGGAGUUCACCGUCAGCUCCCCAAAAGUGUCCAUGGGCAAAGUGAUGGUAUACACCUGCUCUGUGUGGCUUUCGGCAUACGUAGUGUUCUUCUUCACACAGAACACAGCUGUUCUGUCCAGCGCUAUAAUCAUCACCCUCGUCGGCAUGAUGCUUCACAUCCACUUUGUGAAGGUAGACCACGAGUCCCUUCUCCUCAUUGGCUCCUUAGGCAUCCAGGUGUCCUCCAGCUACGCCUCGGGCCGUGAGAUCACCACUUUCAUCGAGAUGAGCAAGAUCAAGGAUAUCGUCAUCAGUGAAGCUGUUUACAUGCAUCAGAUCAUCUACUACCUCUGUGUACUGUUGAAGGACCCCUCAGAGCCCAAUACGGUGUCAAGCGUCGUGCCCCUCUUUCAGAGUUCAAAGCCAAGGCUGAACUGCUUGGUGAAAGUCUACAAAAGCUGUCAGGAGAUUCUUUCAAAGUGCCAGUGACACACAGGUCAUUCACCUUGUCUCUUUUUAUCUGUUAACACAUUUUGUUUUCACUGGAUAUAAGCAGGAAAUAAGCUGUUGUAUAUUUUAUAUAUACACUGUAUUUCUUAUGUUUUGUUUUAAAUAUUGGUAUCGAAAUGAUGUACUGUGUUACAUGAUUAACUUAAAAUAAAGUAAGCACCGUCUUGACUACUUGUUUAAACCUAAAAAGCCAAAUCCUUUAACUUAUAAUGUAUUAAAAUCAUAAAAAUCAUCUGUAAACUUUUAUUUUAAUAUGGUUAGAAUUCCACAAAUUGUGCCAAUUUGUGUUUUUUAGCAUCAUUAACACACUGUUUUGUUUGUUUGUUUGCUUUUUUGUCAAAGAUUUCAUAAAAUGUAGCAAACCAGUAUUCCUGAGUUAUGUAGACUGGUAGUGCAUGCUCAUCUUUGAAGGGGUUGUGUUCACUUUUAGCAGUAGGGGGCAGCACUACACGCAAAUACUUGGAUCCAUGAAUCAGUGUUCACAAGUGAUUCAAAUGUACACCAUGUCCUGUUCUUUGUUUUAUUUAGAUGAAUUGAUUUGAAUGUCAUCUCUGAGAGAGAAAACAGAAACCCUUCAGUUGUACAUGUGUGUAGUAUGUGCUGUAUGUGUGUGUGUGUGUAUAUGUUUAUAAGCGAACAUCCACACCUUCUUCCUUAAAUAUAUUUUCACUUCCUCAUACACCUUCUUCUCUUAGAGGCAGUUUGACACGUUUACCACGGAAGCCUCAUAUGUUACUGUUGGUGUACCAGACACGUUUUCAGAAUUGUUUAAGGUUACCUCAGACCAAAUGACAGCAAUUAGUGUAGUUUCGGAAGAAUCUUUGCUACACAGGAAUGGCAUUAACCACUUUUACAGCAGUACUUUCCUGAACUCGUUCACAAAUCAUGGGAGCAAUUAUCUAACUCAUUACUCUCUAUCAGAUUGAUGUCCAGGCCACCCGUGAGUUAUUACCACCGUUCACUUCUGUUUCUUCUUUAAGCCUUAUUUUUGUAAGGCCUUUUAAUUCUUAGUGACCACAAAUUCAAGUCAGUGUGUGAACUCCAUGUCCCACAGGCCAAAAAAAAAGAAGCAGAAGGGUGUGAUUUUCACGGGGUGAAGCGGUGCACUGCUGUGAGAAGAAGCCCUCUGACAGGAUAAUAGUCCCUCCUGGAGGUGUGAAACAGCCAGGGACCAGGCCGAGAAGAAAACCUGGGUGUGACCAGACAUGGCACCUCAGGGCUUUUAAAGAGGCCCCAUAAAGCAGCAGAACCCCCUCCCCCCUUAGGUAGGGGAAAGAUUUGAUGGAGCAAAAACCAAGUGAGGCUUUUCUCCAAGGGCUGGUAUGUCAGAGGUGGCAGGGCUGUGACUGUGCAUUAACUUUUGUGCUUCCCCUUCUGUGGAUUUUGUGUAUUUUAAAACACGAGGGUGGGGGGUGUAUUCAGUCAAAUGUGUAUUUUAUGUAAGGCCUGUGUUUCUCUGUUAUGGCAGAUGUGUAAGAUCAGCUGAAUGUUUUGGGUGUGAGAACCUUGCACUUUAGUGGGAGAGGAGGGGCUGGAAACCCACUGAGAAUGGGUGUUAACCCCUUUACCACCUGCAGUGCACACACUCACACCUGCACACAUUUACUUUUUCCCAGACAUAAUUCUCACACUCUGGGACACUUUCUGAGAUAUAGUUCAACUUUUUCCCAAACAGGCUUAAUCAUUUUCUUAAUGGGAAAUACAGCACCACUCUUAAGGUUGAUCAGCAGUUAAUUUAGCAUAAAGAUGGGAAACUCAGAAACAGUAACUCGACCUAAAGCACCUCUAAAACACAUAACAGCUUCAGCUUUUCUGGGAAGCUGGGUUUAGGAGUGUUUAUAGGAAUUUUUGACCAUUCUUCCAGAAGUGCAUUGUGAGGUCAGACACUGAUGCUGG